AGUCCAAGUCAAUUAAUGCGAGACUAAUUCAAUUCCGAUAAUCGGAAAUAAAAUAAUGCGAGACCAAGUUAAUUUCGAUAAGCUGAAACGAGAUCAUGCUACACUAUAUAAUGGCCAAAAGUUGUAUGUGCUAAACAUUGUAACAUAACAUUUCAAUUUCAUUGAUUUCUGCAGAGAAGAAAAUACUGCAAUGGCGAAUGUGGGUACCAAAAAGUUGGGGCAGCAGGGACUGUGUGUGUCUGAAGAGGGUCUGGGAUGUAUGGGUAUGUCCUUUUUGUACGGCCCUCCCAAACCUGAGCAAGAGAUGAUUGACCUCAUUCACUAUGCUGUCAACAGAGGUGUCACUUUUCUUGAUACUUCAGACAUUUAUGGACCAGAAACCAAUGAAAUUCUUCUAGGAAAGGCUCUGAAAGGCAUCAGAGAGAAGGUCCAGAUUGCUACUAAGUUUGGAAUGACUUGGGCUAAUGGAGAAGUCGGCGUGAGGGGAGAUCCUGCAUACGUCAGGGCUGCCUGUGAAGCAAGCCUCAAGAGGCUUGAUGUAGACUACAUCGAUCUUUAUUAUCAGCACAGGGUGGAUACUACUGUACCCAUAGAAGCUACUAUGGGUGAACUGAAGAAGCUGGUAGAAGAGGGAAAGAUAAAAUAUGUGGGUCUGUCAGAAGCCUCUGCUUCAACAAUCCGUAGAGCCCAUGCAGUGCAUCCAAUCACUGCUGUGCAGAUUGAAUGGUCUCUCUGGACUAGGGAUUCUGAGGCCCAAAUUAUUCCUACCUGCAGGGAGUUGGGGAUUGGAAUUGUUACAUACAGCCCUUUGGGCAGGGGAUUCUUUGCCUCAGGAGCAAAACUUCUUGAAAGUGUAACUGAUUAUGACUACCGUAAGGGGAGUCCAAGGCUUCAAAGUGAGAAUCUUGAGCACAAUCAAGCUUUAUUCCAAAAGCUAAGUGAGAUCAGUUCACGAAAAGGGUGUAGCCCAAGCCAGCUUGCUCUUGCAUGGGUUCAGCACCAGGGUAAUGAUGUUGUGCCCAUACCCGGAACCACCAAGAUUAAGAACCUGGACGAUAACAUAUUCUCGGUCUCUGUACAUCUGAGUGCAGAAGACAUGAAGGAAAUUGAGGCCAUUUUUCCUGUAGAUGCUGCAGCUGGAGGUCGAAGCAGGGAAGAGGAAUUGCAAAUGAGCUGGAUGAAUUCAGAAACGCCCCCUUACAAUACUCUCCAUUGAAUGAAAGAAUCUAAAUGUUUGUAUGUGAGCUGCGUGAAAUAAAGGCUUUGCAGGGCAGACCAUUUGCAAUUGAGCCUAAGAAGAAUUAGCAAGGGAAAAAAAAGUCGUAAAUAAAUUGUUUAUUUAGUUUGCUCUACUUUCACAAUCUAUUA